UCCAUCUGUCCUCACCCACUCCUUUGGCUAUCUUUUCUACUCAAGCAAGUUCUCAGUCUUCUAAACGAAACAAACAUCUUCACGAAACAAUGUUCAAGCUUCUCCGUCGCAUUUCUUCUUCCAUAUACCCCCGACCCGACAGACCCUGGAGCGACGAUGCGACCUCCAACGCGCCUACGAUUGGCAAGAAGCGUCGGAUGGACGAUGAUGAGGAUGAACCUAUGGAGGCCGAAGGUUCUACUCGCAAGCGUCGCGGCCAGAUCGAACGCUCCGACACCGACGAGUUUGGAGCGAAACCUGCUCCCAAAGAGACUGACCCGGAUGUCAAGGAGAUGACGCGGGGCGUGAAGGACGUCGAAUUGGAGGAUAAGGUCCAGGAGGGAGAAAAGGUUGACAGCCCGGCGGAUGAGGAGCAGGAACCCGCGGGUGGCGAGGCCAAGGAGCCUGAGGCCGCGAAGGUGGAGGAGGUUCCUCAGAAAGAAGCCGAGGGUGCUGUGGACAUCGAGGCGAAGGAUAAGGGCAAGGGUAAGGCCGUGGGCGAAGUUGUCACGGAGAGUGGCACAGUCCCCGAUGGUCCCGCCACGGUCGAGGCUCAGACAGAAAUUACAGCCGAGUCUGCUCCAGUCGAGACCGUUACUCCUUCAUCGAGCGAUGAGCUUAACGCUGCUGCCGCUGUCCCCAUACCCGCUUCGCCCACCCGCGACCCUGAAACUUCGUCAAUUACCAAGGAAGUUCAACAUAUCGAGCAUACGGACGAGGGUACCAUUGAGACCGUUUCCCCUGCUGGUCCUGCCACCGAUAUUUCUAUCUCUGCUGCAUAAUGUCUUAUACCACAUAUCUCUGUCAUAAAACCCACGAACUAUCUCAUCCAACUUUUCCUUGCAUGUGUCCAUGUGUACUCUCUCUGGUUGACAGUUGUACGAGGCGCAUAGGAUGUUCGCCGUUUCCAUUCUUCUUGAUCUGCGGCCGCUGAUUUUUCUGCUUAUUUGUUUAUUGUUAUCACAUCCCAUCGUUCUCGGCCACUGCUAUCUUCUAACCCUGUACAUACUUUUUUGUUUUCUCCAACAUGGCGACACAUCAUCUACACACUCAAGUACCAAAUACACUCAUUAUCAACUCGCUCAUCAGCGUCAUUCUUGUCUUCUAACUAUUUCUCUCUCUCAUUUAUGUGGUUUAAUCGAUGUUGUUUUUCACUGUUCAGUCGUUUUGCUCUGCAAUCAUACUGUCGCGUC